CCGCUUCCUUUAUACGCAUGCGCGUUGUCGCUCAUUGUGUUCGCAAAGAUGGCGUUGAGUAAAACAUUUGGACAAAAACCAAUAAAAUUUCAACUCGAGCAAGAUGAGGAUUUUUACAUGAUAGGUUCAGAGGUUGGCAACUACCUGCGUAUGUUCAGAGGCUCUCUGUAUAAGCGGUACCCGUCACUAUGGAGACGCCUUGCGUCCGUGGAGGAGCGGAAGAAGAUUGUAGCAUCAUCACACGCCACCAGUGUGACCCUGCUGAAGGCGUCUGAAUGUGAGGAGAUCUUCGAGGGGAAUGAUGAGAAGUACAAGGCAGUGUCCAUCAGCACAGAGCCGCCGGCGUAUCUCAGGGAGCAGAAGGCAAAGAGGAGCAGUCAAUGGGUGCCUACCCUACCCAACAGCUCCCAUCACCUGGACGCAGUGCCUUGUUCCACCACUAUCAACAGAAACCGAAUGGGACGUGACAAGAAAAGGACAUUUCCAUUAUGUUUCGAUGACCACGACCCGGCAGUCAUCCACGAAAACGCAUCCCAGGCAGAGGUCCUGGUGCCUAUCCGCUUGGACAUGGAGAUUGAUGGGCAGAAGCUCAGAGAUGCCUUCACCUGGAACAUGAACGAGAAACUUAUGACUCCAGAGAUGUUUGCUGAGAUCCUGUGUGAUGACCUGGACCUGAAUCCUCUCGCCUUCGUCCCUGCCAUCGCCUCAGCCAUUAGACAGCAGAUCGAGUCCUACCCUACCGACAGCAUUCUGGAUGAGCAGACAGACCAGAGGGUCAUCAUUAAGCUAAACAUUCAUGUGGGGAACAUCUCUCUGGUGGACCAGUUCGAAUGGGACAUGUCAGAGAAGGAGAACUCACCAGAAACGUUUGCUUUGAAGCUCUGCUCUGAGUUGGGCCUCGGAGGAGAGUUCGUCACCACCAUCGCCUACAGCAUCCGCGGACAGCUCAGCUGGCACCAGAGGACGUACGCCUUCAGUGAGAACCCAUUACCAACGGUUGAGAUUGCCAUUCGGAACACAGGUGAUGCCGACCAGUGGUGCCCUCUGCUGGAGACCCUGACAGACGCAGAGAUGGAGAAGAAAAUCAGAGACCAGGACAGAAACACAAGGCGUAUGAGACGACUUGCCAACACCGCCCCGGCCUGGUAAAGACAAGACGUUACUGAUGCUGCCACUCAAUAAGCUCAGUCUCUCGAAUGGCCUCAGGGUUGCUGGAGGCCUUUGCACAGAUCCACACAGCUCUAGAUAACAUUCCUCCAGCCUUCUGACCUCCUCAACCCAUACAGCAUUACACACUUUCUUAAUACCAGGCCUUUAAACUCUGAUCUGGCAACCUCGCGGAGGCUGUUCGGGACGUUGCCGUUUAUCUGGUCUCCAGUUAUAGAGACCUCUGUCUAGUCUGGUUGUAAGAACAGGACUUUGUUGAGAAGGUUUGAUUGAGUAUUGUGUUUUUCGUUAAAGGUGCUAAUGCAUACUAUGAACUUGACUUGCUUUUUUUAAAUAAAGACAAUGGCAAAUUGUA